UCGAUUUGAUUGAUUCCCCCCCCCCCCCCCUCUCGGACAAUGAAUUCAAUCUCCGAGCAAAACAUGAUAUGAGUUUCCUCAGAGGCAUAAUCGAAUCCUUCAGCUCAAUCUUUACGGAAGAAACCAAACACGAUCCCACCGGAUCAACAACCUCUUCUGAUUCCAUGAGCAGCGUCGUCAAUGGAAGAGGUAGUUCUUCGGUUACUAACGAACGAGUCGCGUAUAAGCUCAAAGGAUACUUCGAUUUAGCGAAAGAGGAGAUCGACAAAGGUGUUAGAUCAGAAGAGUGGGGUUUGCACGACGACGCGCUUCUUCACUACAGAAACGCUCAGAGGAUCAUGAACGAAGCUACCUCUACGCCUUCUCCUUCGUACAUCAGUUCCAGUGAGAAAGAGAAGGUGAGAUUGUAUAGAGAGAAGAUUUCUAAAUGGCAGAGUCAAGUUUCUGGGAGAUUGCAAGCUCUCAGUAAACGUACAGGUGUUGGAGUGUCUGAGAAUAAGAGAACUGUAAACUCUCCUUCUUCAGCUUCUGCUCCCUCUAUUGCGUCAAACAGAAGAGUCUCAUUGCAAAGGAGGACUUCACUCCCCAGAGGUGGUACUGGAACGGCGAGGAGCCCUAGAGAUGCUGCUACCGCAAACCCAAAACCUGUGAAAGAAUCUGGAAGUGGAUACGAUGAUAAGCUAGUAGAGAUGAUAAACACAACGAUAGUUGAUAGAAGUCCAUCUGUGAAGUGGGAUGAUGUCGCUGGACUUGAUGGAGCUAAACAAGCUUUAAUGGAGAUGGUUAUUUUACCAGCAAAACGAAGAGAUUUAUUCACUGGUCUACGGAGACCAGCUAGAGGUUUGCUUCUCUUUGGUCCACCUGGCAAUGGAAAAACAAUGCUUGCCAAGGCGGUGGCUUCUGAGUCUCAGGCAACGUUCUUCAAUGUCUCAGCAUCUUCUUUGACAUCAAAAUGGGUGGGUGAGGCUGAAAAGCUAGUUAAAACCUUGUUCCAAGUUGCAAUAUCCAGACAACCUUCUGUAAUUUUUAUGGAUGAAAUAGAUAGUAUAAUGUCUACAAGGUCGGUCAGUGAGAAUGAAGCAAGCAGAAGGUUGAAAUCAGAGUUCCUUAUCCAGUUCGAUGGUGUAACUUCUAAUCCUGAUGAUUUGGUGAUUGUCAUUGGAGCUACUAACAAGCCACAGGAGUUGGAUGACGCGGUGCUUAGAAGACUGGUGAAGAGAAUAUAUGUACCGCUACCGGAUUCAAACGUGAGAAAACUACUUUUCAAAACUAAACUCAAGUGCCAACCUCACUCUUUAUCCGGUGGCGACAUUGAUAAAAUCGUCAGUGAAACCGAAGGAUACUCAGGAAGCGAUCUACAAGCAUUGUGUGAAGAAGCUGCAAUGAUGCCAAUCAGAGAACUCGGUGCAGAUAUUCUCACCAUCCAAGCAAAUAAAGUGAGACCGCUAAGGUAUGAUGAUUUUAGGAAGUCAAUGGCAGUGAUCAGACCAAGCUUGAGUAAAAGCAAAUGGGAAGAGCUUGAACGUUGGAACUCUGAGUUUGGCUCUAAUUGAAUUUCUUCCUGUUGUAAAAUGUCUAGUGUAAAUGUGACAGUAGCAGCGCUGAGCUCUAACAAAUAUAUAUUCUCUUAUUGUGUAAA